AGGCGGGAAUUCGUCUCGGGCUGUGUGGUUGAAGGGUCUGGUGAGUGCUGGAGUCGAGGAAAGAUACGGCGGCCUCAAGCCUGCACACCAGGCCGGGGAAGUAGCAGCCCCGCCAGGAAGAGGGAGGAGGAAGGGCUCGUGCCCUUUCUUCUCUUCCAGGGCUCCGCUUUAUUUGCUCUCAGAAGUCGGUUUCCUUUUCUUCAGUGAAUCGGAGCUCAGAGCGUUGCUUCGGUUUCCCUCCAGACAGUUAGGAAUCUGAAAUAAGCAGGAAAGCACUAUGUCUUCAGUGUGGUCUGAAUAUACAAUUGGUGGGGUGAAGAUUUACUUUCCUUAUAAAGCUUACCCGUCACAGCUUGCUAUGAUGAAUUCUAUUCUCAGAGGAUUAAAUAGUAAGCAACAUUGUUUGUUGGAGAGUCCCACAGGAAGUGGAAAAAGCUUAGCCUUACUUUGUUCUGCUUUAGCAUGGCAACAAUCUCUUAGUGGGAAGGUGGCAGAUGAGGGCGUAAGUGAAAAAGCUGAAGUACCAUUGUCAUGUUGUUGUACAUGCCAUUCAAAGGAUUUUACAAACAAUGACAUGAACCAAGGAACUUCACGUCAUUUCAACUAUCCAAGCACACCACCUUCUGAAAGAAAUGGCACUUCAUCAGCUUGUCAAGAGUCCCCUGAAAAAACCACUCUGGCUGCAAAGUUAUCUGCUAAGAAACAGGCAUCCAUAUACAGAGAUGAAAAUGAUGAUUUUCAAGUAGAGAAGAAAAGAAUUCGACCCUUAGAAACUACACAGCAGAUUAGAAAACGUCAUUGCUUUGGAACAGAAGUACACAAUUUGGAUGCAAAAGUUGAUUCAGGAAAUACUGUAAAACUCAACUCUCCACUGGGAAAGAUAAACUCCUUUUCGCCACAGAAACCCCCUGGCCACUGUUCUAGGUGCUGUUGUUCUACUAAGCAAGGAAACAGUCAAGAGUCAUUGAAUACCAUUAAGAAGGAUCAUACGGGGAAAUCCAAGAUACCCAAAAUAUAUUUUGGGACACGCACACACAAGCAGAUUGCUCAGAUUACUAGAGAGCUCCGGAGGACGGCAUAUUCAGGGGUCCCAAUGACUAUUCUUUCCAGCAGGGAUCAUACUUGUGUCCAUCCUGAGGUAGUCGGUAACUUCAACAGAAAUGAGAAGUGCAUGGAAUUGCGAGAUGGGAAAAACGGAAAAUCCUGCUAUUUUUAUCAUGGAGUUCAUAAAAUUAGUGAUCAGCACACAUUACAGACUUUCCAAGGGAUGUGCAAAGCCUGGGAUAUAGAAGAACUUGUCAGCCUGGGGAAGAAACUAAAGGCCUGUCCAUAUUACACAGCCCGAGAACUAAUACAAGAUGCUGACAUCAUAUUUUGUCCCUACAACUAUCUUCUAGAUGCACAAAUAAGGGAAAGUAUGGAUUUAAAUUUGAAAGAACAGGUUGUCAUUUUAGAUGAAGCUCAUAACAUCGAGGACUGUGCUCGGGAAUCAGCAAGUUACAGUGUAACAGAAGUUCAGCUUCGGUUUGCUCGGGAUGAACUAGAUAGUAUGGUCAACAAUAAUAUAAGGAAGAAAGAUCAUGAACCCCUACGGGCUGUGUGCUAUAGCCUCAUUAAUUGGUUAGAAGCAAACUCUGAAUAUCUUGUAGAAAGAGAUUAUGAAUCAGCUUGCAAAAUAUGGAGUGGAAAUGAAAUGCUCUUAAACUUACACAAAAUGGGCAUCACCACUGCUACUUUUCCCAUUUUGCAGGGACAUUUUUCUGCUGUUCUUCAAAAAGAGGAAAAAAUCUCACCAAUUUAUGGUAAAGAGGAGGCAAGAGAAGUACCUAUUAUUAGUGCAUCAACUCAAAUAAUGCUUAAAGGACUUUUUAUGGUACUUGACUAUCUUUUUAGGCAAAAUAACAGAUUUGCAGAUGAUUAUAAAAUUGCGAUUCAACAGACUUACUCCUGGACAAAUCAGAUUGAUAUUUCAGACAAAAAUGGGUUGUUGGUUCUACCAAAAAAUAAGAAACGUUCACGACAGAAAACUGCAGUUCAUGUGCUAAACUUUUGGUGCUUAAAUCCAGCUGUGGCCUUUUCAGAUAUUAAUGGCAAAGUUCAGACAAUUGUUUUGACAUCUGGUACAUUAUCACCAAUGAAAUCCUUUUCAUCAGAACUUGGUGUUACAUUUACUAUCCAGCUGGAGGCUAAUCAUGUCAUUAAAGAUUCACAGGUUUGGGUUGGUACCAUUGGGUCAGGCCCCAAGGGUCGGAAUCUCUGUGCUACCUUCCAGAAUACUGAAACAUUUGAGUUCCAAGAUGAAGUAGGAGCACUUUUGUUAUCUGUGUGCCAGACUGUGAGCCAAGGAAUUUUGUGUUUCUUGCCAUCUUACAAGUUAUUAGAAAAAUUAAAAGAACGUUGGUUCUCUACUGGUUUAUGGCAUAAUCUGGAGUUGGUGAAGACAGUCAUUGUAGAACCACAGGGAGGAGAAAAAACGAAUUUUGAUGAAUUACUGCAGGUGUACUAUGACGCAAUCAAAUACAAAGGAGAGAAAGAUGGAGCUCUCCUGGUAGCAGUUUGUCGUGGUAAAGUGAGUGAGGGUCUGGAUUUCUCAGAUGACAAUGCCCGUGCUGUCAUAACAAUAGGAAUUCCUUUUCCAAAUGUGAAAGAUCUACAGGUUGAACUAAAACGACAAUACAAUGACCACCAUUCAAAAUUGAGAGGUCUUCUACCUGGCCGUCAGUGGUAUGAAAUUCAAGCAUACAGGGCCUUAAACCAGGCCCUUGGUAGAUGUAUUCGACACAGAAAUGAUUGGGGAGCUCUUAUUCUAGUGGAUGAUCGCUUUAGGAAUAACCCAAGUCGCUAUAUAUCUGGACUUUCUAAAUGGGUACGGCAGCAGAUUCAGCACCAUUCAACCUUUGAAAGUGCACUGGAGUCCUUAGCUGAAUUUUCCAAAAAGCAUCAAAAAGUUCUUAAUGUAUCCUUAAAGGACAGAACCAAUAUGCAGGACAAUGAGUCUACACUUGAAGUGACCUCUUUAAAGUACAGUACCCCACCUUAUUUACUGGAAGCAGCAAGUCAUCUAUCACCAGAAAAUUUUGUGGAAGAUGAAGCAAAGAUGUGUGUCCAGGAACUACAGUGUCCUAAAAUUAUUACCAAAAAUUCACCUCUACCAAGUGGCAUUAUCUCCAGAAAGGAGAAAAAUGAUCCAGUAUUCCUGGAAGAAGCAGGGAAAGCAGAAAAAAUUGUGAUUUCCAGAUCCACAAGCCCAACUUUCAACAAACAAACAAAGAGAGUUAGCUGGUCAAGCUUUAAUUCUUUGGGACAGUAUUUUACUGGUAAAAUACCGAAGGCAACACCUGAGCUCGGGUCAUCAGAGAAUAGUGCCUCUAGUCCUCCCUGUUUCGAAACAGAAAAGAUGGAAAGUAAAACUGUUUUGCCCUUCACUGAUAAAUGUGAAUCCUCAAAUCUGACAGUAAACACAUCGUUUGGAUCAUGUCCUCAAUCAGAAACCAUUAUUUCAUCAUUAAAGAUUGAUGCCACCCUUACUAGAAAAAAUCAUUCUGAACAUCCGCUCUGUUCUGAAGAAGCCCUGGAUCCAGACAUUGAAUUGUCUCUAGUAAGUGAAGAAGAUAAACAGUCCACUUCAAAUAGAGAUUUUGAAACAGAAGCAGAAGAUGAAUCUAUCUAUUUUACACCUGAACUUUAUGAUCCUGAAGAUACAGAUGAAGAAAAAAAUGACCUAGCCGAAACUGAUAGAGGAAAUAGAUUGGCUAACAAUUCAGACUGCAUUUUAGCUAAAGACCUUUUUGAAAUUAGAACUAUAAAAGAAGUAGAUUCAGCCAGAGAAGUGAAAGCUGAGGAUUGCACAGAUACAAAGUUGAAUGGAAUUCUGCAUACCGAAGAAAGUAAAAUUGAUGACAUGGAUGGUAAUAUAAAAACAACUUGGAUAAAUGAACUGGAACUGGGAAAAACUCAUGAAAUAGAAAUAAAGAGCUUUAAACCAUCUCCUUCCAAAAAUAAAGGCGUGUUUCCUGGUUUUAAGUAAUGAUACUUAACUCUCAAGCUAAGUAAAAAUAUGUCAUCAUGCUUAUGUUAAACUCUAUUUUAAGUCAUAAUUUGUACAUUGAAUAAGUGGCAUACUUUUUAAAAAACUAUUUUACGUUCAGAAAUGUAAAUGUUAUUAUUCUUGAGUUUUUGGGUUUUUUUUUUUUUGAGACAGAGUCUUGGUCUGUUGCCCAGGCUGGAAUGCAGUGGUGUGCUCUUGGCUCACUGCAACCUUCACCUCCAGGUCCAAGCGAUUCUCCUGCCUCAGCCUUCUGAGUAGCUGGGACUACAGGUGUGCACCACCAUGCCCAGCUACUUUUUGUAUUUUUAGGAGAGAUGGGGUUUCACCAUGUUGGCCAGGCUGGUCUCGAACUCCUGGCCUUGUGAUCUGCCCUUCUCUGCCUCCCUAAGUUGCUGGGAUUACAGGUGUGAGCCACUGUGCCUGGCCUAUUCUUGAGUUUUGAUAAAGUAAUUCAUACAAAAUAUUGUCCUCAAAUAAGUCUUCCUUAGCUAAAUGCAAUUUAAAAUUAUUCAAAGAUCCUAGGGCACUUCUAGUUUCACGUAAAUAUUCAUAUUAGGUGUUUCUCUUCAUCCAUUUGUUUUCAUACUGAUACAUAAAAAUUAAUAGCAGUCUAAUCUAGUCACACCUCAGUCAUAUUUCACUAUAGAUUUUACCACAAAUCAGUCCGAGACUUUUUUAGAGAUCACCAUUUGUCUUGAAAGGUUUAUUUCGUUAUUAAACUGCCUACUUAUAAGUAAUUAAGAGAAAUUAAGAAAGUAGUAUGCGUUUUUAAUUGAAAUUGUUUUACAUUCUUUGUAUAAUAAACCUAAAAUCAAACAUGUCAUAAACAAAUUGAUGUAAAGAUAUAAAAUGCCAAAUGAAGUAUUCUAAAUUUUCUAUUCUAAUUAUUUAUCUUCACCAUCAUUGUGGAAAAAAAUACUAGAUCCUGCUUGGUGUUAUAUAUUUUUCCUAGUGGAUCAGUGAGUAAUAAGUACCAAACACUAGACUAGAAGGUAAUUUCUACAUUGUUUAGAAAGGGUGAAACAAUUUAUCCCCUCUGGUAUUGGUCUAGUAUAAGCUUUAGUUAUACAAUGAUUAAGAUAGAAAACUUCAUAUAUAAAUUUGAUAAGCAAACCCACACUUAUAGCUGCAGCUCAAAUAUGUUUCCUUAGAGUACAGUAAUCCUUUCUGUGAAUUUUGACCUUGUUUGUGUUUUUAUGAAUGAAGCUAUAUGUCUAAUCAAAAAUGAUUAUAAAAGAUGCUCAUCUCUGACAUCAUUCCAAAAAUACAUUCAUUGAUUUUUUUUAAAAAACAUCUGUUAUUCACUGGGCAUUGGGACUUUUUGUGAGUAAUUUGAAUUGAAAUUUUAUGAGCUAUCCAAGAAUUCUGUAUGGUCUAUUAUUUUCAAGUCAAAAUUUCCAGUAAGGAUUUAUUUUACAUUUCAUUUGGAUAAAUGAAUUAUUAUAUAGGUAUGUCUUUGCUUCCAUUUUGAGACAUUUAGAUUUUUACAGCUUGUUUCUAUAGCAUUUGAUGUUACAACUCUAAGCGUAGUUCAAAGACAGUUAAAUUGACAAUUUACCAGUUAAAGAAUUUAGAAUAUAUUAGAUCCCAUCUAGUAUUAUAUAUUUUUUCUAGUUGAUCAGUAAGUACCAAAUACUAGAUUAGAAGGUAAUUUUUACGUUGUUUUGAAAGGGCGAAACAAUUUAUCUCCUCUGGUAUUAUUCUUAAACCACAGAUAGGGAUAGUAGGGUAGUGAAACGAAUAAAUACCUGGUAAAAGACAAGAGACUUGGGCUCUACACCUGGCUCUGCCACUAAUUUGCUAAGUCAUAUUGGCAAUCACCACACCCUUCGGGGAAUUAGUUUCAUCUGUAAAAUGCAGCGGUUAGUACUAUAAAAUCAUACAAAUUUCUUUGUGCUUUAAGAAUCUAUAAAGGAAUGUCUGUUGAUAUUCUGAGUCGAUUUUCAUUUGCUUUUGUUCCAGAACGGUUAAAAUAAAGCAUGUUAUUUCAUUAAAAAAGUAAAGCGGCUCUUACUCAUUUUACAUUUAGGGAACGAUGGUGAUGUGGUUUGGCUAUGUCCCCACCCAGAUCUCAUCUUGAAUUGUAGUUCCCGUAAUCCCGCCGUGUUGUGGGAAGGACCCAGUGGGAGGUAAUUGAAUCGGUGGGCGGGGUGGGGGGCGGUUACCCUCAUGCCGUUCUCGUGAUACUGAGUUCUUAUGAGACCUGCUGAUUUUAUAAGGAGCUUUUCCCAGCUUCACUCUCAUUCUCUCCUGCUGCCUUGUGAAAAGGUGCCUUCCACCAUGAUUUUAAGUUUCUUGAGGGCUCCCCAGUCAUGCAGAACGGUAAGUCAAUUAAACCUCUUUCCUUUAUAAAUUACCCAGUCUUGGGUAUGACUUUAUUAGCAGCAUGAGAACAGACUGACACAGAUGGUAUGAAUAUGUGCAUAGUAACUUGGAAAGCUAGAUAUUUAUUUUCACAAUGCUACAAUUAAAACACAUUUUGAGGACUUUUGAAAUUACCUUUAGGGCCGGGCGCAGUGGCUCACGCCUGUAAUCCCAGCACUUUGGGAGGCCAAGGCGGGUGGAUCACGAGGUCAGGAGAUCCAGACCAUCCUGGCUAACAUGGUGAAACCCCGUCUCUACUAAAAAUACAAAAAAUUAGCCAGGCGUGGUGGCGGGCACCUGUAGUCCCAGCUACUCGGGAGACUGAGGCAAGAGAAUGGCGUGAACCCGGGAGGCGGAGCUUGCAGUGAGCCGAGAUUGCACCACUGCACUCCAGCCUGGGCGACAGAGCGGGACUCCGUCUCAAAAAAAAAAAAAAAAAAAAAGGAAAUUACCUUUAGAAUUGGUAAACUACAUGAGAAAAUUAAGCAUAUUAUUCAUAUCUUAGUGUUAUUACCCAACUUCAUCUCAAAUACUUUCCCCUUUCCCUAGCUAGAUAUGUUUUUGUUUGUUUUAGGCAGUCUUGCUCUGUCGCUCAGGCUGGAGUGCAAAGGCACGAUCUUGGCUCACUGCAACCUCUGCCUCACAGGUUAAAGCAAUUCUCGUGUCUCAGCCUCCUCAGUAGCUGGGAUUACAGGUGUACACCACUGCACUCGGCUAAUUUUUUUCUUUUUUCUUUUUUUUUUUUUUUAAGUAUAGACAGGGUUUCACCAUGUUGGCCAGGCUUGUCUCAAACUCCUGACCUCAAGUGAUCUGCCCACCUCGGCCUCCCAAAGUGUUGGGAUUACAGGCGUGAGCCACCAUGCCUGGCCUAGAUAUUUUUUAUUCUUUCCAAAAUUUAAUUCUCCCUGAAGCUAAAAAUUUUCAUUACUGAGAAUGUACAUAGAGAUGUGUCACAACCCUUUAGUAAUUCCAAAAGGUGUUUCAAAAAUUUUAUACAAUGAUAAUCACUGUUGAAACAGGUGUAUAUUCUCCUCAGAUCAUGACUUUGACCAAGAUGAUAUUCCAAGAAGUAAACUACUGGCCUUUACAGAGUAGGAUGUAGGCCAUUUUCAUUACUGAUAACACACUUUUAAAAGAAAUGUUUAGAGUUAAAUAAGUUAAAACAUCUAAAUGCUUUUAAAAGAGCACCUGGCACAUUGCAAGUUAUUCAUUAUUAAUUAGUAGAUGAAUCAUAUAUCUGGAGUGCACCCUUGUUCUAUAUGAAGCCUUCCCUAACUAUAGAUAUAUAGGCGAUAGACUGACAAUAAAGAUUUGAGGAAAGAAAAAUUAUUUGGCUGGCUUAUUUUUUAAGCUUUUGAGAUGUAUAAGGUAGAGAUUCUUUAUCAAAUAAUUUAUGUGACACAUUCAAUGCAUAUGAAAUAAGUAUCUAAUACUGAAUUUAUUCAAGGACUGAAAGUAUAUAGAGCACACAGGCUGCAAACCAGGAAAACUACCAGUUAGAGAAAGGGCUUUAUUCAUGGAAGAAAGGUACAAUGUAAAGAAUAGAUGUUUCAUCACUUGAUUAAAUUAUUUAAAACUGUCUAGAAUUGUGUUAUAAAACUAUUACUAUGUUUCUAUGCACUUAGUUAUUACAUGGUUUUAAAUUUGGCACUGUUUCUAAGUUUCUGUAAGGCUUUGUUGUUAUUCUUAAGAUCUUUCUAUUCAAAACAUUAAUUUUAACAAAAAGCUUUUCCCCGUUAUUUUUCUGCAACUGGACUUUUUUGUAUUACUUUCCUAUAUUAAAACAUAUUUAAAAUA